UCAAAACCUGGAAUAGCCUCCCAAAGUACACAUUCAGCGGCUUGUUUCCCGCCCACGCAAAAAUUUUCACUCAUCUGUCGUACACUAACUAAUAGAGCGUCUUUCCCGACCACCACCAUCGCGGCCGGCGCCGAAAUGGAACGCAGCUCGACCGCGGAGGCUUCUCUUCUCUCCAAACUGGAAUCCUCCGUUGAUUACACUGGCAUCCACCACCUCUUCACUGCCCAUCUCCAGCCUUUCACUCCCUUUCUAAAAACCCCCACCACCACUGCCAAAAAACCGGUGAAAUCUUCGAAAUCCAAACCCCCUGGCAAUUCUACAUGCAUCCGUUCCCUUGCCAAACAGUUCUUAUCAUUCAUACACAAGUCGCUCUCUCUCCUCCCCAAACGUCUCUCCGGAUCCCCCAAAAUAACCCAAGAUUGUGCCCUGGAAUUGUUCGAUAGUUACCGCCUAUGCCUCAACUGCCUUGAUUUGAUUGCGCCAGAGCUUGCUGGAAAACCCUAUUCAGUUCAGCUGCAGAGAAUCCGGUACAUACACUGUUUAGAGCACUGGGAGUUGUACAAAGAGGCGGAAGCGGAGGGUUUUGUUGUGCUCGAGAGCUUAAGUGCGAUUGUUAGAGGUGGAUCAAAGGGUAAUUCGAGAAAAUCAAAGGCGCGUUUGGUUCCUGAAUUAAGCGAGGAUAGCGUGGAUCAAGAAGUUGCGGUUGUAAUCUUGGAGAUAGUUGUGACGUUAGUGAAAUGUACGUCAAAGAGGCGGAGUAAAGUGGAUGCUGAUUACUGGAGAGUCAUUUCUUUGGUGAACGAAUCUGAACCAUGGUUCAAGAUCUUGGAUGCCAAGGACUACGAGAAAUUCCAUCAUUUCUUGGAGACAAAUUUGCAUAUAACUGCUUUAUUUUUGGUAGCAGAGAUAAAGUACUUUGGUGUGGAUUUGAUACAUGAGUUUUCCGUAGCCACUUUUAAAGAGUACAAAAAAUCAUCUGCUCAAGAUCAGAUAUACAAGGUUGCACUCAAGAUUUGUUCGUCUCUAUUUUCUCAGAGAGAUGAGCUUUCCAGUGACAUCAUUCUUGAUGUGUUAAAACAUGUUUUAGAUUUUAUGGCUGCUGAGUGCAAGGUUGGAGUGGAAAAAACAACUGUGGGAUUUCUGGAUCUUGUAUGUUAUUGUGCAUAUAAAUGUCAUACUGCAGCUGUGAGUUUAUGUGAUCCAGUUGCACAACAUUUGUACAGAGUAGCAAAUUCAUUGCAUGAGGAUUUUCCGCACAUUAGUUCGAUUCUGAGGCUUUAUGCAACUGGAUUAUUGGCAAGUUCAUCAAGCAAUCGUUCAAAUGGGGAAGAUGAAGAAAAGUAUAGAAAUGCUCCACUUAGAUCUGCUCUUCAAUUUUUUCUCAACAAGGAGCGGCUUCAACAAGUGGCUGCUUCUAUUAAUUUAUUGAAUGGCCAUUUUGAUAUUGGUGGCGAAGGGAAGAAUUCCCAGAAAAGGGAAAUUUCACAUUCACCUUCUUACUGGGAAGCUCUCAAAUUUUUGUGCCAGUCACUAGCAGAAUUCAUUUAUGUUAAUAGGAAAGAGAUUUUUUCUGACGCGGAGAUUACAUCCUCGUGGGAUGAUUUAAGUAGCAUCCACAAUGUGUUUCAUCAGUUUUGCUAUACUUUUCUCCAAUGUCUCAGUGCAACUGAACGGGAAAGAGAGACAACUGGAGACAAUCACAGAGUCAUAUCUGUUGUAGUUGUGGCUGCCCUUAUCCUCUCAUUCAAAACUAACAAAAAUAUUAAGGAAAGUACUCUGUUGGUAAAGCAUGUUAUUUCAACGGAGUGGGUUCCAGUUAAGAGGCUUAAGUACCUAUAUGUUUCUCUUAACAACAUAGCUGUAGUUCUGAACAGAGAAAAGCGGCUGAAAGAGGCUUUAAAAGCUUUAAAAUUAUGCUGUAAAGCUUCAUGGAAUUAUGUAGUAGAUCUUUGCAAAAUGCAUGUGGACAAAUCACAUGCAUAUCGUGAUGAUUUGUCAGAAAAGGCCAUUGCAGAUUUUGCCAUGGAGGCAUCUGAAAAAGUUGCUUUCCUUCUGGAACUUAAUCGAGAAGGUAACUGCAAGAUAGAUGGAAUCAUUAAGGAAUGCGUUAAAUGCUGGUGUGUUGCGGAGAAUCUGGUUGGAAUGGUACCAACUCCCACAUCUUUAAUAAAGGAGUGGGUAAAGAUACAAUUUUUAGUUUUGAAGGAAGAAGACACGGAGUCUGGUAAAACACUGUAUUCAUUGCUUUCAUCUUCUGAAGAAGUACAUAAAAGCGCGACUGGAAAAUUGUUGGAAGAGGAGCUUCUUGCAUACACUGAGAAGAGUUACCUUAAUCCAAGAUACUGUCUCAGAAUGCGAAUGAGAAUCAUAGAUGUCCUUUUAGAAGAGGUUUAUAUUACAAACGACAGCGAUGUAAAGAAAUCCAAAAUCCUCAUUGAAAAAGCAAAAGUUCUAAGAGCUAAUGGAUUAGCUCGACUUGAUGACUGCGUUCAGUGUCUAUCAAAUGCUAUAUCAACAUUGAACUCAAUCUACAGUGGAAAAAGCUGCAGUUCUCUGGUUCAUAAUCUCCUCAUACAUGGUUAUAUUUUGCGUGCGCUCUGUACCCAGGAGGCAGCACCGAAUUCAAUGGUUUUAUCACCCAGAAGUGACUUUGUUCAAGAUAUUUAUGCUGCACUGAGGUUCUGCUUGAGCCCAGAUCAUGGCCACGCAGAUGAUCAAUAUGAAGAGAUGCUAUAUUUAUGGUAUCAACUCAUCGAUUUGUUAUCUAUCAAGGGCUACUUGGAAAUUCACCCGAGCCUGUAUGAUGUUGUCAUCAAGUUGUUUAAUGGGAAGAACUUUCCUUUGGUAAAGAUUAUGUCCGAUCUCUGGAAAACCAAAAGGCUUACUCACGCUCUCUGUGCCUCACCUGUAAACCAUAUGUUCCUUGAAACUUUUUCUAAGCAUCAGAGUCGACUUUGUAGCUCUGUUGAAUUUUGGAAAACAUUUGUGGAGGAAGUGAAGCCCCUAUUCAUAGGGUUCCAUCACACAAAUGAUGAGAUUAAGCAAGCAGCUUCUGAUCUCCUUUCCCAGGUUCCACUAUCCAGUUCUUCAAUGUUUCUCUCGUCAAAUCUCUACUAUGACUUGUCUGGAAGACUGAUUUCAAGUGGACGAAUGAUUGAGGCUCUUACAUAUGCAAAAGAGGCCCAUCGCUUACGUAGUAAAUUGUUACAACAAAAGUUUGAAUACUCGGUCCAGAAAAUGACAGAGACAUUUGAUGAAAAUGGUGAGAUCACUGAAAAGAGUUACUAUGGCAUCCAGACCUUCAAAGUUAAUGAUCGUGAGGUGUCACAUGAUUCUUGCGACUAUGAAGGCUGUGUUCUUACGCCUUGGAAUGUACUUACCUGUUACCUAGAAAGCACAUUACAGGUUGGAUUUGUUCAAGAGAUUCUUGGAAAUGCAUCUGAGGCUGAAAUGCUUUUACGGUGGGGCAGAGAUGUCUCCCGGUUUCAGGGCUUGCCAAUUCUUGAAAUUUCUUUUUCUUCUGUUCUGGGAAAACUUUACUGCAAACAAAAGCUUUGGAGGGUGGCUGAGAAGGAAAUGUCUAUUGCUAAGAAAAUCCUAGCCGACAACUGUGAUGCUAUUUCCUGUAAAAAGUGUGCCUAUAUGUUAGAAAUUUCUGUUAAUCAGCAAUUUGGAGAUUUAUACUUGAGCAGUCCUUGCAGUAGCUUGUUUAAUGCCAGGAGCUGGUAUAGAUCAGCCUUAGACAAGCUGAACCUUUCUGAUUGGCAGUCUUGCUACUCUAUAUCUGAAGAAGCUAGAGCUAAGCAGAUCAUAUCCAGAGAGAAAUCAGAUGCUAGUUGUACAAUAAAUCUUCUUGAGAUGAAUGAUUCUCUUUCAAAUGAUAAGCCUGUAAGUAAAGCUGAACCGAGAAGAUCUAGAAGGACAAAGAAGGAACUGAAACCUACUUCACAGAGACAGGACAUGGUAUGCGGUCAUAAUCGUAGGGUAACUCGCUCCACCCAUCGUUCUUUAGGUGAAACCUGUGAGAUCGGACCAGGUGAGAGACAAAUUGAUUCUGCUGCUGGUUUAGCCACCGAACCUUUGUCAACUACUGCUGCUGGUUUAGAUCAUAAUGCGCCAAAUUCUGAAUCUAAAUGCUCUGCUGCUGAUUUUGGAAGUGACAUCACAUCUCUUUGCAACAAAAUGAAGUGCUGGCAUUGUUUCCAUACUGAAGCUGUUGACUGUAGCAGUCUGAAUAACUUCAUGUACAUGAACUGGGAGCUUGUUUAUAGAAAGCUUUGUCUAAGGCUACUCAUCAGCAUAGGGAAAUUUUCUGGUGUUUGCGGAAAUGUUCAUGAAGCACAUGAAAUCCUAUUGCAAAGUGUAUCCAUUCUGUUCAGCAAAAAUUCGUAUUGUAUGAAGUACUCUUCAGAUGACCUUGUUUUCUUAAUGGAGUCAAUUGGGAAGGAUUUUCCUGGAAAUGUAUUGGCAGUUGAACGUGCAGCACUCCUUUACUAUAUUUGUUGGUUCACUUUAAAAACUUAUCCUUACCAUGGUACCAGGAAAAUUUGCUGUGAGCUCUCGUGCAUUGGGACAAUAAGGAUCAUUUCCUUGUUAAAGCUGUCAUUUAUACUUAGUCAAGAAGUCCCUUUACUUUUUCAAAAGAUCUCCAGGUUGCUUGCGUCCAUAUAUGUACUUUCAACCUCGUUGAAGCAAUUUUCUUUAUCUCCAAGUGAGGAAGGUUCUGAAAGUCAGUGGGCUUCCUUCUUCCAUCAAGCUUCAGUUGGCAGUCAUCUUAACCAGCAGACCUUAUCUGGUAUCGUGCAGAAAAAGCAAAGUCAAAUUGCUACAGAUUCUAAGGAUCCUUCUCCAAAAUCAGUUUCAACUAUUCUGGAUGUGCCUGGUUCCUUCAGGCUGGCACCUGAGUCUAGUGAAAAACUGGAAGAAUUUGUUCUAAGAUUUUUUCAGGGGCUACCAUCAACUCCGGUUAUCUGCAUUAGCUUGGUUGCAGGUGCCGAUGCUGGUUUGCUUAGAGAACUCUUGCAUUGUUCUCCUACAAUUCGAGCAUGGAUUCUGUUGUCCCAUUUGAGCUCAGAUAAUCCGCAUGUCAUACUUCUACCUGUGUGUAAAACUUUGGAAGAAGUUUCAAAUGAUGACACCAGUUCCAGCUCAGUUGUCUUCAACUGCAAAGAUUUUGUCAAGCAGUGGCAGUGUCCUUGGGCCUCGUCUGUGAUUGAUGAAAUUGCCCCGGUCUUCAGACAUAUAUUGGAGGGGAAUUACUAUUCAUCCUCAGAAUAUUUCUUGGAAUAUAUAAGAGAGAACACAUCGUUAUGGUGGACGCACAGGAACAGACUUGAUGAACGUCUCUGCAAAUUUUUGCAGGAGAUGGAGGACUUGUGGUUGGGUACUUGGAAAUAUUUGCUCUUGGGGGAAUGGCCAGACUUCAACUCUCUUGACUCUAUUCAAAAGAACCUUUUUGAAGAUGAGGAUCUUUUGCAGCUUGUUCUAACCAAAAAAUGCUAUGUUGGUCUGGACUCUGCUGCAUCAUCUAAAUCAUCAAAGGAAAUACAGUUUCUGUUCAAACGAAUGCUCAGUUUGUCUGACAAUUUUGACCAAGUUGAAUGCAUGAACAGGAAACCAAUCAUUUUGGUUUUGGAUUUUGAGGUUCAGAUGCUUCCAUGGGAAAAUCUGCCGAUACUGAGAAAUAAGGAGGUGUACCGGAUGCCCUCUGUUGGAAGCAUCUUCGCAACACUUGAUCGAUGCUGCCAAAAUGGGGAACAAUUUGAGACAAAAAUUCCUGCUUUUCCAUUCAUAGACCCACUGGAUUCAUACUAUUUGUUGAAUCCAGAUGGCGAUCUCAGCAGAACACAGGUUGAAUUUGAGAACUGGUUUAAAGAUCAAAACAUAGAGGAACUGACCCUGGCUUUGAAGAACCAUGAUCUCUUCAUCUACUUUGGCCAUGGAAGUGGUAUGCAAUAUAUCCCCGGGCAUGAGAUUCAGAAACUAGACAGUUGCGCUGCUGGUCUACUUCUGGGAUGUAGUAGUGGUUCUCUUUACCUGAAAGGAUGCUAUAUGCCACAAGGGGCUCCCCUCUCUUAUCUAUUGGCAGGCUCUCCUGUUAUAAUCGCUAAUCUUUGGGAGGUAACAGACAAAGACAUUGACAGAUUUGGGAAGGCAAUGCUCAAUGCGUGGUUGAGAGAAAGAUCAGCAGCCUCAGCAGAGUGUGCUGAAUGUAAUGAACCUGUAAACAACUGUAAGUACACAAAAUGUAGUCAUAAACCAAGAAUUGGAUCAUUUAUGGGGCAAGCCCGAGAUGCUUGUACUCUUGGUUUUCUCAUUGGAGCAUCACCAGUUUGUUAUGGUGUACCCACAGGGAUAAUAAAAAGAAAAAAUGUAUAGUAUAAUUAUUUGAUUCAGACUAACUUUUUUGUCCCUUGUUUCUGUAAAUAAGAUAGAUGAGUAAUAUGCAGAGGAAGUAGAUUGUUAUUAUCUACAAGGAUCUGUACUUCUCAAUGUUUCUGCA